AUGAUCGUAUUACCAUCACAAGCCGAAGGAAGGGAAAUGAAGAUGAGUUUCAGACCAUCAGCAAAGAAUGAUUCAUCGGCCUUUGUUGCUGCUCUUCAUAAGGAACCUUCUGCUGAUAAAGUAAAAAAGGAAUCAAAGAAGAAUAUAGACUCGAUAAGACAUGUUAUACGCGAAGAGGAUAAAAAGAUUGAUAUAUCAUUGACUUCAGUUGAUGGCCCUUUAUUUAAUCAUGCUGUUAAGAGACAUUUCAUCAAACCACCAGUAACUCAAUCAUUGGAUCGAUCAGCAGGAAAGAAGAGAGUGGAAAUUACAAAGGAGGAACGUUAUGAAAGAGCUGGUGUUUCCACACUGAAGGAAGAAGCACAAUUCCAUAAAAAGAUCUUUAAAGAACAACCAGAACGUAGGGAUAAACCACAAGGAAAGGCAGUUGUGAGAGCCACACCAGAUCCUCAAGUUGCUGGUAAAAUAUCCUGCCCUUCUGAAAAGGAAUCAAGAAGAAAAUUAUUUGCCGAUAAGAACACUGUUGCAAAGAAGGAAUAUGACUUUAAGGACAGUAGAAAGAGGAUUUCAAGUCCAAAAUAUAAAAGCAUUACAGCUCCAUUCCCAGUCAGAGGUGGAGGAAUGAUGCCAGAGGAUGCAAAGAUUGGUAUUAAGGUGCAUUCUUCAACCAAACCAAAAGAUCACGGAGAUGUUAUUUCAUAUACAUUUGGUAAGUGA